AUGAAAUAACCAUUUAUAAAUCACAAUUAUAGGGUUUAAUUUAAGCAUCCUAUCAACAUCCAGUAAGAAGGUCUAAUAUCGGAAAUAAUAUCUUGUCGCAUAUCCCUUUUCAAAACCAUUGUAUUUGCCUUUCUCUCCUUAAUAACGUGUGGCUUACUCUAUUUAGUUACAAGGUGGGACUUAAGAAUUUUCCUAUUUUUCCGUGCCAAGAAGUGUGUCCCUUAGUCGGCCACUCACUUUUUAAUUAUAGGACAAGGUAAGAACAUUCGUUAAUUGAUUUUAGACAAAUCCCAAACUCUGGUUAAAUCGAAUUGUUCCAAAGAUGGAAAUCUUUUUAUCGAGUACAGAUUAUAUAGGUACUAUUACACCGAAUAUGGUUUCGACCCUAUAGAAACAAAAUAUUAGACCAUGGUCUAGAUGGAUAUCAGACAGUAGUCAAUAAAUCGGAACUAGCAGCUGGACACAUUUGGAUAUAAUAAUACAGAAAUACCAGACAAAGGAAUUGUAAAAACUCUAAUUGAGGAAGUUCUAAGCCCCUUUUACAUAUUUCAAGUAAGCAUUAAUGCAAUUGUAGUUUUGUUCUGUGCUAUUGUGGUUUUGGGCAUCAUAUCAGCGAUAUGCAACAGUAAUUUUAAUUACAUCAUUGAUUUCAAUAUUUAUAACACUCUAUGAAUAAAGAAAAAGUUUCUAUCGCUUAUAGUAAUUGUCCAAAUUUAACAUUCCAAUUCAAAUCCUAGAUGAAGGGUAAGUGAAGGAAAUCGAAUCAAUAAGCUUAGUGCCUGGUGAUAGGUUGGUAAUAAAGGAUGGUAUGAUUAUGCCUUGUGAUGCGAUUCUAUUAAAUGGUUAGGUUAUAUUUAACGAAGCAAUGUUAACAGGAGAAUCCAUCCCUGUUUUAAAGACAGAGCUUCCCAAUAACAAAGAAGUUUAUGAUCCCUUGGAUUCAGGCAAACAAUUUACACUGUUUGCAGGAACGACUUGUAUGGAAACCAAAGGAUCAGAUGUAAUUGCUUUAGUUACUCAAACAGCUUUUAAUACUCAGAAAGGAUAAUUGAUUAGAUCUAUAAUGUUCCCAGUUUAGAAUUCAUUUAAAUUUUAUGCAGAUUCUAUGAAAUUUGUAGGGAUAAUGGCAAUUUUAGCAAUAAUAGGGUUCAUAAUAACAGUUCCUAAUAAGAUUGAUUAUCUCUUGGAUGGUUCAAUUUCAACUUGGGAAUUCAUCAAUGAAGGUCUGGAUUUGAUUACAAUAACAGUGCCACCAGCAUUGCCAACCUGUUUACAAAUAGGUAUAAGUAUAGCAUUGGCGAGAUUGAAGAAUUCUAAAAUAUUUUGUAUAUCACCCUAAAAAGUCAAUAUAAGUGGAAAGGUAACCAUAAUGUGUUUUGAUAAGACAGGUACUCUAACUGAAGAAGGAUUAGAUAUGUAUGGUAUUAGGAUUAUAGAGAAUCAGAGAUUUUCAAAGAUUGUUACAUCAAUAGAUGCAAAUACUGAUGUUAAUUUUAUCAAAGGAAUGGCCACUUGUCAUGGUUUAUCAUAAGUGAAAGGUAAGUUAGUGGGUGAUCCAUUGGAAUUGAAGAUGUUUGAAUCCACAAAUUGUGAAUUGAUAGAAGAGAAGGAAGGUGGAAUAAGGAUUAGAAAUAAUGAUAGAAUCAAUGUGGAAAUCAUAAAGAGAUUCGAAUUCUCCUCUAAAUUGCAGAGAAUGUCAGUGAUAAUUAAAGAGAAUGGAUAAUACAUAGUUUAUAUGAAGGGAUCCCCUGAGAAGUUAAGAUAAUUAUGCAACAAUAAGUCAAUACCCUUUAAUUUUCAUUAAGUAUUGGAUUUCUAUGCUUUGAAUGGAUUUAGAGUACUAGGAAUGGCGUAGAAAUCAGUAUAAUAAAUAGAUUUGGAUAGAAAUGAGGUUGAAUCUGAUUUAAAUUUCAUUGGAUUCAUUAUAAUGGAAAACAAGUUGAAACCAAUUACUAACUAAAUAAUUAAGGAGUUGAAGGAUUCUCACAUCAGAUCAAUUAUGGUAACAGGUGACAAUGUUUUGACUGCUAUUAGUGUGGCAAGACAAUGUGGAUUAAUUGAAAAUUAGAGAGUGUAUUUGGGAGAAUUGAGUGAGAAGAAAUACAAUGGGAAAUAUUAUGUAUCAUGGAAAGAUUUUGAAUACAAUUAGAAUGAAUUGAAUGAAGACACUUUGGAACCACAACAAUAAAUCAUUAGUAAUCUUGAUGAAAUCGAAAAAGAUGUAGAUGUUCAGUAGGAUUUCGAAUAUUUAAAUUAGAGAUCAUUCUCUAAGAAUUUAGUUAAAAAUAAAUCUUUGCUGGAAGAUCCGCCUCCUGUUAACAUUUAACUUGAUAACAUUAGUGAAAUUUAUACUGACGGAGAUUUCAUGGAAGAACAACCAUGGAAAGAUCAUGAAAAUUAUGUAUUAGCUAUUUCUGGUGGUGCAUUUAUGCAUUUGAAUAAAUAUGGAUCUUAAGCAACUCUUAAUAAUAUCCUUGAAAAAACAAUUGUCUAUGCUAGAAUGAGACCGGAAGAAAAAGCCAAUCUAAUUUUAUAGUUAUAGAAACAUAAAUCAACACCUUUAGUUGGAUUCUGUGGAGAUGGUGCUAAUGAUUGUGGAGCCUUGAAAACAGCUGAUGCAGGAAUUUCAUUGUCCUUAGCAGAAGCAUCUAUUGCUGCACCAUUCACUAGUCAAAUCUAAGACAUUUCAUGUGUUCCAAUCUUAUUAUCCUAAGGCAGAGCGGCUUUAACUACUUCCUUUUGUUGUUUCAAAUUCAUGGCAUUAUAUUCGAUGAUUCAAUUCAUCUAAGUAACUAUCCUAUAUCUAAAAUAAUCAAAUCUAACUGAUAAUCAAUAUCUUUACAAUGAUCUAUUUACAAUCUUCCCUUUAAGUAUGACUAUGGGAUUGGUGUAGGCAGCUAAAAUUAAUAAAUACGUGCCCGGAUCUUCCCUUAUCAGUUUCUCUGUAUUGGGUUCAGUCAUUGGAUAAACAAUUAUUCAAUUGGCCUUUCAAUUAGGAGUCUAUCUCUUGUUGUUAAAAUAAUCGUGGUUUAUUCCAAAUGAAUAACUGAAUUAAGAGGAUCUUAACGAUGAUUCUAUGAAGAUUUGUUUUGAAAAUACUACCUUGUUUAUAUUUGGUAAUUUCUAGUACUUGAUGAUUGCCUUGGCAUAUUCAAAUGGAAAACCUUUCAGAAAGCCAUUCUAUACCAAUUUCUACUUCAUAGGUAGUACAAUAUUCCUGUUCAUACUCGCCCUUGUGUUUCUUAUGUUGAGAGUUGAUUACAUAGACGAUAUCAUGGGAGUAAAUUAUGCAUUUAUAAAACAUCUAGUUUAUCUUUUAGAGUUACGAUGAUCAAAAUGUAAUGCCUGAAUCUUGGACCUUGCUAUUAGGAAUCAUAGCUAUCAUUAAUGCUAUUUUUACAUUCAUAUAUGAAAAGAUUGCUGUACCAAAAUUUGUAUUCAAAAAGAAAGUGCAUUCGAUACAAUUCUGA